UUGAGUGAACGGCGGGUGAACAACUUGGUGGACGGUGAAUACAAUGUGUGUAUACCAUGGACCAUUUAUGAAUCAACCAACUCGGGUUCGAUAUUCAUAUGCUAACAGGAAGUAGUUGAAUGUUAGCGCGUAAUUUUGAAGAACUUCAACACUGACUGAAGUAGGCCACUUAAUAACUUAGAAAGAAUUAUGGAAAAAAGAGAGGAAUUACUUGGCAUUUCGUUGAAAAAUGCGUCUAAAGAUUUGAUCACUUUUGUGAAUCGUCACAAGAAAAAUCUGACAGAGAUCUUUGAUGGGUUGACGAGGAAGCAGACGGAGGACCUGUGGGCGGGGCUUAAUCAGAUGUGUGCCACAACCCUCCUGACCCUCGACCUCACUCAGGAUGACCGAUUGGAAGGGGAAAUGCGAGUGGUGCUGGAGACGAUGGAGUGUUUUGUGUUGCUGGCCCAGACUACAAUCAAACAGACAAGUCCCCACAUCCCUCCAGAUCUCAUGUCCACUGCCUGUGUAUUACACGAGCUCAUCUUACACAUGCCGGACGCUGCAGACAAACUGAAGAACAGCACGGCGGGAUUGUUUGAAGACUGGUGGAGGCUGGGGCUGGAGGGACGAUUUGAUCUGGUCACUAACACUAUCAUCUACCUCCUGCAGAGGAGUCUGUCCACUAGAGGGAAUGCCAGCAGUGUACGGAGGGUGUGGGUUCUGCACUCCGCCCUGGAGUUGGUGGACAUGACCAAUGAAAGUAGUUCACUUUUCUUCGAUCUUCUGCAGCAGACCGUUGUCAAUAGCAACUAUCUGGGGACGGACGAGGGCUGCCGAUUUUUAGGAUUCAUAAUGACUCUAGACUGCACAUUGACAGAAAGUCUCCACAAAUGUAUCAAAAACCACCUCCCUACUGCCCCCAGUUCCUGGCUGGAGAAGUUUGGAGAGGUUUAUUUCCGAGCCUGGUCAUCAGGAUCUAACCUUACAGAGACGCUGGAGAUGGACUGUAUACAAGAUUUGAUGAAUCAUGCUGUACAUGCUCACAAGUCACUGGCGCCCGCACUCAGACAGGUGUUGACCUACUUCCAUAAACAGAAGAAGAAGAGUGGUGUGGACGCCAUGCUGUUGAAUAUGUACGAACCUUUCCUGUGGAGAUCUCUCAAGGUGGCUAACCCUGAGGUGCGCGCUAAUGCUGCCUGGCUGCUGGUUGACGCCUUUCCUCUCCUGGAUCCAGAUUUCAAUUCAGAAGAGAAAGACUCGCUACUGCAGAAACAGUUUGACCUCCUGUUGAUGUUGCUGGAGGACCCCGUCCCGGCCAUCAGAAGCCAGACUGUCCUGGGGGUGUUCAGAAUUAUGAGUCUGUUCUGGGAGUUGAUGCCUUCUGUCACCAUAAAGAACAUUGUCACCAAGGUGAUUCAGGACCUGGCGUUUGAUUCGUCGUCUGCUGAUGUCAGGGAGAGUGUCGUAAAGGGACUGACCGGUCUGAUAGACAACCACCUGUGUCACCUGAUGCUGAAACCAAUUCUUCCUCAACUACAGAAACAUAUCCAUGAUACGUCGGAGAAAGUCCGUGUAGCCAUGGUAAACUUACUGCUGAAGGUUAAAGGAGUCCGUUCUAUCAAAUUUUGGGAGGUGGUGCCUGUGGAGCACCUUCUGGCCCGCCUGGAGACAGACUCUGCCCCCGUGGUACGCCGCCUGAUGACCCUUCUCUUCCCGAGUUUCCUCCCCCUGGAUAAGAGUGAACAGGAACAGAUUCCCCGCUGUGUGGCCCUCAUACAGACCAACCCUGGGGCCGCCCGUAUGUUCUUCCGUUACACUCAGAAUUUCAUGGACGUUCAGCAGACAGCAUCAUACAUGAUUUGUCUGUGUCGGAAGAUUCUGGAGUGUAUUCGAGAUGGGAGAGGGAGGACUGAGGGUGAAGACAACUCACUCAACGGCACGGAGAGCAGCGAAGAGGAGGAAGACUUAUCAGUUCAUAACACGCCCGUGAUGAAGGGUUUCAUUGAGAUAAUCGUCAUCAUGUGGUACAACAUUUCUUCACGCCUGCAGGAAAGUAAGCACAAGAAAAUUGAACAAGAUCUGCAACAGAAAUUUUGUCUGGCAGUUCCAGAGAUGCUGAAAACAUUUGAGGACCCAGAGAUUUCCCUGGCAGUCAUUUUGUUGGCAGGACAUCUCCCACCAAGCUCUGUUCCUAUACUGAGCCGUAGCUGUUUGUCCAAGCUGAAGAAGAUGACGUCCGACACGGAGGAGUCUCACUAUGGAUGUUUGCUGGAGGCCAUGUGUAAGUGGAACAAAGGAGCGGAUAUAUUGGAGCUAAUCCAGGAGUGGAUCACAGCGGGUUUCAGGGGCGGAAAGAAGGAAAGCACAGUUAAGAGAGGGAAAGACAAAAGAAAGUCGGUGACAUUUGUGGAAGAAGAGAACCAGUAUGGACCGGUUCUGGCUGCCCAGUACUUGACAUAUCUCGUCACUCAUCCGAUCUGUAGAGAAGCCGUUCUAUCUCACCAGGCUGAGCACCUGCAUCAUAUACAACAGCUAUUACAGCAGGCUAUGAACCUUGUAGUGUCUGUGGUGGAGGGCCAGACCGCUAGCUCGCUGCCAUGUGAUCUCCUGACACAGUACUUAACCAUGUACUGUCGACUAUCAGUGUUACUUCAUAGUCAGGAGGGAUUGGAUGUGAUGUCUGUUCUCAGCACUGUUCUGGACUGGACAGAGAUGAACAUUCUAUCUCACAUGAACACUUCUGAUUCAGACGCCGAAACCAGAAAUGACAGAAAACGUUCUGUCGGUUCAUCUCAUUACAGACCGUCUCUGUGUGCCGAGAUAGUGAAGAUUGUGUUAGAAGUAUGUUCUAACUGUCUACUCGUUGGAUUGGGAACACCCGAGUUUGUACUGAAGUUGUCCAACUUUUGUACUAAAUGUCUCCAUGAAGAUGAGAAAUUUACAGUGCUUACGGACAUCGCAUCCUGUUUGUACCAUGUGACUGAGUUUGUUCUGAGUCAGGAGGAAGACCCGGAGCAGAACUCGGUGAUUGUAGAACUACUGGGUAACAUUCUGACCUCCGUGCAGAGAGACGGUGACCCGAACAACAAGUCGGCCAACAAGAUAAUCUCCUGCAUACGAGCCCCAGUCACAGAAACCCUCAACAGUAUCUACAACCGAGCGGAACAUCAGACACUACAGCAGGGCCUCACAUCGUCUGUCAUCACAUCAGUCGUGGAUGAAAUGACCUUGUCCAGUGUCAAGGACUGUCUGGACUCCCCAGUUGAAGUGAUGGACCUGCCCCCUGUGGUUUCUCUUCUGACAGGAAUCCUCAGCAAGAAACCCAAAAUAUUCAGAAUAUUUCUGGAAGACCUGGGCUACAGAAUCAGGAGCUGCCCUUCUCCCGACCUUCACAGUAUACACGGGGCCGUCCACCUGAUCACCGCAAUCGCCAAAUGUAAAUCGAAGACAGUGGGACUGCAGGAAUGUCUGAUGGCCAUAGAAACCCAGGCCAAAAGCCUGGAUCCACCACAGGAAGAUGAUAAACGAAUUGUCAAAGAGAGCCUGAGUCAGAAGCUGGAGGAAUGUCGGAGGAUACUGGGUUAAAUCGCUUAUUUGGAUUGACUCGCACGUGUUGAUAGGAAGUCAAACUAUGUGUUGAUUGGACAUUGUGAGAUGAUAGAAAGUUGAUAUUUAAAUUUAACAGUGAUCAAAUACAGCAGGGGCAGACAAUUGUGUGUCAUCUGGAAAGAGUUAAUAUCUGAUUUAGAAAUGAAUGUCUCCUUUAAUCAACCAAUCACCUAUCAAGAAAUUAGUUUUAAAUGAGCGCUACUGGUAUUGACAUGGUUGUUAAUGGAAUUAUCAAAUGUAUUUCCGAUAUUUUACUGACUUUUAUACCCCUGCCAUGAUAUGGUUGAGGCUCACAGUGAUUCGCCUUUCUCUUUCAUAGUUUUCUAGAUGUGUUUUUGCUAUGUUUAUAGGUAAUGAGCUAAUAUUUGGUGUAUACAUGUAUAAAUUUAUAUUGCAAGUUUUGACUUGUAUAUAUUUUUAUCAAACUUUAAAAGUUUUUCAUUCUACACUGUUGAAAUAUUUCCAUGGACAGAGAUAGUAAGAUUUUUGAAAACAUCGGAUUAAAUUGUAGUUUCUGAAGUUGAUGAAUUUCAAUCCACUUUGUGAUUGCAUGUACUAUAACUAAUAUAAUGGGUAUCAGGUGCAAAAUGUGUCUGCCAACAUCCCCCCCCCCUUUUAUUUUGCAUUUUGAUAUUGAAUCCCCAACAUUUUUUAACAAUGACCACUAUUUAUUUUGUAAUGCAAAUGAAAGAUAUACAGUGUCCCCCAUUUUUAUGAUGGUAGUGAAUGAGAAGGAAGUAAACUUGAAAGUUAUGAAGUAUGAGGAUUGGUAGUCUGAGACGCCCUUCCCCUACCCCCAGGAUUGAAAAAAUAAACAUUGGGGUAUAAUAUACUGUCCGCUCUUGAGAACCCUUUGCUUGACAGACAUCAAACUGGGUACACUGGUACAUCAUCAGGAGAAGAUGACACCUAUUGAUUUUGAGGUCACAUAAUCAAAGGUCAAGGGUGAAACUGGACAUAGGAAUAUACUGUCCAUUCAAUAUCUUGAGAACCCUUUGCUUGACAGACAUUAAACUUGGUACAUCAUCAGGAGAAGAUGACACCUAUUGAUUUUGAGGUCAAGGGUCAAACUGGACAUAGGAAUAUACUGUCCACCCAAUAUCUUGAGAACCCUUUGUUUGACAGACAUCAAACUUGGUACACUGGUAUAUCUUCAGGAAUAGAUGACCCCUAUUGAUUUUUAGGUCUCAUGGUCAAUCCACUCUAUUGUCUGCUCAAUAUUUUGAAUUGAUGAUACUACUCUCAAUUAAAUGAUGUGUGUGUGUAUAACCCUUUUCAAUUUUGCACCAUGGGGGGCAUUUGUGUUUUACAAACAUCUCUUGUUUAUUAAUAUCUUUGGCAAAUUGCAGGAAAUUUAAAGAGAAUAGCUUCAAUUUCAAAAAAAGUUAGAAAAUCCAUUUGGAUUUAGAAUAAUACAUCUCAUGAAAUUGACUAAGUUCAUUUAACAAAAAAAUACGCCUCUUGAAAAGUCUAAGUCUCUGAAUUCCCAAUUGAGAAUGAACAAAGUUCCAAAAUCCGCCUGGAGUUUGAAAAAUACUCCUUGGGUUAAGGAGACGUAUUUUUGUCAAAAUAUGUGUAUGUCUCAAAUUUAACCGUAUUUUCAAAAUUAAUGAGGUAACCCUUGUACACAUACCCCCAACCCCUCCCAACCGAAUUUUAAUGUUGAAGAUUUGGUUAAGCAGUUUUUUAUGCUUGUUAAAAAUUUUGAGGUUUUCUUAGUUGCCCCCCCCCCCCCCCCCCCCCCCCCCCCCCACCACCACCACCACCACCACCACAGGCAGCACAUACACAUUUUUUGAAAAACAAUGAUAUGUCCCCGUGUGAUGUCUACGAAAUGAUCAUUGAAUACUUUCAGUAAAUUUUAAGAUAUAUAUUUAAGAAAUAAUGUUCUUGUUUUCCUGGUUGUUGCAUAAUAACCUAAUGGGGGGGGGGGGGGGUAAAAAUCGAGGCUUUUAUAAUUCAAACAUUUUAACAUCAAGGAGAUUUUUAUCCAUCAUCAACGAAAACAAGAACAUUAUUUCUAUUUUGCCUUUGUUAUGCAAACACAGCUGACUGUUAACUCUAUAUGCAGAUGUUCAAAGCAGUAUGCAGCGUCUUGUCAGAUGGACGACGUGAAAUUGACAAGCACAUGUCAGUUUUUACAUCUCAAACCCAUAGAUUUUUUCUAAUAAUGUGCAAGUGAGAUUUUCUCAUCGGUGUAUCGUAGAAUAAUGACCGCGAAAACACAAAAUAUCAGUAAAUUCAACUUUUCCGAGCAUAUUUUCGUAUGGAGUGGGCCAAGUCUCCAUUGUAAAUUGAGUAAAAUAUGUUAGUAUAUGUUCAUGCAUAAAAUGUUUUGUAAAUGAAAGUAUGGAGACUUAACCCACUCUAUGAAAAAAAAACUUACUUCUUGUGUAUAACUUCUAAAAAAAAUUCUUUGUCUAUGCCGGGUGACUUUCGAUAGCUUGAAAUUCAGAAAUUGUUCAUGGAUGGAUAGCUGAGGUGAUGUAGCGACAGUCUCAUUUAAUGUUUGGACUGGCCUGGUUCCAAUACCAAUUUUUCCUACCUAUUCUUUUAUGAAUUACUAGACUUCAUAUUAUUAUUUGUCUUUGGCAUUUUAUGCUAUUAAAGUUUUACUCAUAGCAUGCAGUCUUAAUGACGAUCACAAGUGAUUGAUUCCAACAUGCAGCUAGUGAAUAAAUGUAAACUAGUAUGGGUCCCCCUGUGAAGUAUGGAUGUUGUAUAUGUAAACCACAACUUAAAAGAGAACUAUUUCAACAACGCUAAAGAAGUUACUUGAACAGAAAGGUACGAAGAAAACAAUGUUUUAAGGGAGGCAAUUUCUACAUAUGGCUCAACUUUGACAAUUAACGGGAUGAUUUCAGCUCCAUCGUCAACUUCCCAUGUUUAUGUAGCAAUAUUCCAUUAUCACCAACACACCUGUGUAUAUCUCUCAAUUGAUGCGAUAUUUAAGAGCUUGUUUUGCGUAUGAUCAGUUUUUAAAUCGAGGCAGGAUACUGACAAACUAGUUGGUGUUACAAGAGUUUCAACAGUCUCGUUUAAAGUCAGCAUUUCGCAAAUUCUGACCUAAUUUGCCAAUAGAGCCUAUCAUUGGGUUAAAUGCUGUUUGACGUGUGUAAGGCCGUUCAUGGCACACUGAUUUUGACUACGGAUUACUCCGUUUACCUUAUCAAGGCAUAGGGAUCACGGCGGGUUCGACCGGUCGACAGGGGAUGCUUACCCCUCCUAGGCACCUGAUCGCACUUGUAUAUCCAGGGGUCCGUGUUUACCCAGUUCUCUAUUUUGUAUUGUUUAUUGGAUUGAUCACUGUUCGUUAUCUUCAUGUUGGAGAGUAAUUCAGUAACUUCAAUAAUUAUUACUUCAGAAAAUACAUAUUUUUUCAUGAAACGUAGCUACAUAACAAUAUGAAUACUUAUUUUGUUUCGAGAACAACAUUAAUGAUACAAAUAUAUGCAGUAUUAUACUGCAAAGAUUGAACAGGCGUGUCACAGAGCAGGUAGAGGAAUUGUCUCAUCGGAAUAAUUAUGGUAUUUAAAGCUUGGGAGUAAGCCAUGGUGUAUCAGAGUUCAGCUGGAGAUUCAAAGAUUAUUUUGAUAAGAUCUCGAUUCCAUCUCUCCAGCUAAAGAUUUAUUAAUGAGUGUAAUCUUUGUACAACCCAAAAUAAGUUAUUCAUACCAUGUGAAAAUAUGUUUUGGAAUAUUUCUGUACUCAAGUCAAAUGCAAUGUGCAAUAGACGCAUUACAAGGAAUAAUCUUGAUUUCACCUCAGACCUAAAAGCAAAGAUAUUGGUGCAUUUCUUUGCACCAAUUAAGGUUAAUAUGAUUUUGUGUCGUGCACAUUCAUCUGUUUAUAAUGAAUAAAAAUAUGACGGGCGUAUCAUGUGCCGUGGCGGUGCUUUUCAUUCACUUUAUUCUGUUCUGCAAUUCUUUGUGUAGCUGCACUUUUCCUAAUGCAGUACUUUUUAAAUAACAAGAAUUGACUGAACGAAUAUACAAAACAACCCCAAACCGUGAAACGUUAAAGAAUUCCCUGUUUUUGAAAUUCCGCAAAUCCCCCAUCGAUUUGUGUGCUGAUAUGCAUUUUUGUUUUUUAAACAGGAAUUUAAUAUAUUUUUUUUUUAUUCGAUGAACGUGACGGCGCGCGCGAUACCCUUGUUUACAAACAAGUUAUGUAAGUACAGUAAUCCGGAAGAAUCUGGAGUGUUUUGUCUCGUGAAUGUGUUCUCGGUGAUAUUGCUAGAAACGCGAGAUCGUUGUUGUAUGGACUGUUAAAGUGCACAAAGUACGAUG